GGACCCGAACCCAAGGUCUCACAAGCGGGACCCCCGCCCCCCCAGAGGCCAGGAACAGCCCCUAAGGCACGUGCUCACCACUGGGGUGGGGGCCCCAUCCGCUCCCUCCUCCCCCAGCACGCGCGGGUCUACUGUCCCGGAGACAGGGGACCCCGGAACCUUCCGCGGCCGCCGCCUGCGUUCGCCGUGGGACCCUUCGGAGGCACCGGUUCGCUGUUGCUAAGGGGCGGCCCCGGAAGUGACGCGCCCGGGGUUUGUUGACAGCGGAGGCGGCGGCGGCUGCAGGCUCCGAGCCGUAGGAGCCGGAUCGGGGGAGGGGCCGGGCCCCGGAGCAAGCACCCGGCGGCCCGCAGCCCUAAGGGCAAGGUAACGGCCACGGGGUCCCCCCGGCGCGACUCCCUCCCGCCCGGAGCUCCCGCCCCUGGGAUCCCAAGCUCCGCCCCGCCGACCCCCGUGUCUCCGAGACCCCGGCCCUAGCCUGACGAGGUCCCCUGCCGGCCCGGGCCGUAUCCUCUACUCCUCCUCGCCGAGGAAGCAUCCCGUCCGCUCCAGGAGCCAGGGGAUGCAUCUGCGUCCUACCCCUUCCCCUCCUGCCUCCGGAGCCUCAGCAUCGCCUCAGCAUCGCUGCUGCAACCACUUGCACAGGCUGUGGCUCUGCCAAUGAUCCUGUGAGUGUUAAGGCCUCACUGUCGCCCCUGGAGGCCCCUGUCCUGGAGUGGCCCACCUGCCUGUCCCCAGCAUGGCGUCCGACACGCCUGAGUCCCUAAUGGCCCUCUGCACCGACUUCUGCCUACGCAAUCUGGAUGGCACCUUGGGCUACCUGCUGGAUAAGGAGACUCUGCGGCUACAUCCAGACAUCUUCCUGCCCAGCGAGAUCUGUGACCGACUUGUCAAUGAGUAUGUGGAACUGGUCAACGCUGCCUGCAACUUUGAGGCAGCCCUGGGCCCUGGGCCACUGACCCCAGCACCCUCUUCCCCCAGCAUCGAGCCUUCCAAGAGCAGCAUCAUGCCUUUCCGGGCUCUGAAGAGGCCACUGCAGUUCCUUGGGCUCUUCGAGACCUCCCUGUGCCGCCUCACUCACAUUCCAGCCUACAAAGUAAGUGGUGACAAAAAUGAGGAACAGGUGCUGAACGCCAUCGAGGCCUACACGGAGCACAGGCCCGAGAUCACCUCACGGGCCAUCAACCUGCUUUUUGACAUCGCACGCAUCGAGCGUUGCAACCAGCUUCUGAGGGCCCUGAAGCUGGUCAUCACGGCCCUCAAGUGCCACAAGUAUGACAAGAACAUUCAAGUGACGGGCAGCGCCGCCCUCUUCUACCUGACCAACUCGGAGUACCGCUCAGAGCAGAGCGUCAAGCUGCGCCGGCAGGUCAUCCAGGUGGUGCUGAAUGGCAUGGAAUCCUACCAGGAGGUGACGGUCCAGCGGAACUGCUGCCUGACGCUCUGCAACUUCAGCAUCCCCGAGGAGCUGGAAUUCCAGUACCGCCGGGUCAACGAGCUCCUGCUCAGCAUCCUCAACCCCACGCGGCAGGACGAGUCCAUCCAGCGCAUCGCCGUGCACCUGUGCAACGCCCUGGUCUGCCAGGUGGACAAUGACCACAAGGAGGCCGUGGGCAAGAUGGGCUUUGUUGUGACCAUGCUGAAGCUGAUUCAGAAGAAACUGCUGGACAAGAUAUGUGACCAGGUGAUGGAGUUCUCGUGGAGCGCCCUGUGGAACAUCACGGACGAGACGCCCGACAACUGUGAGAUGUUCCUGAACUUCAACGGCAUGAAGCUCUUCCUGGACUGCCUGAAGGAAUUCCCAGAGAAGCAGGAGCUGCAUCGGAAUAUGCUGGGACUCUUGGGGAACGUGGCAGAGGUGAAGGAGCUGCGGCCCCAGUUAAUGACGUCCCAGUUCAUCAGUGUCUUCAGCAACCUGCUGGAGAGCAAGGCUGAUGGAAUUGAGGUUUCCUACAAUGCCUGCGGCGUCCUCUCCCACAUCAUGUUUGAUGGGCCUGAGGCCUGGGGCAUCUGUGAGCCCCAGCGGGAAGAGGUAGAGGAGCGCAUGUGGGCAGCCAUUCAGAGCUGGGACAUCAACUCACGGAGAAAUAUCAACUACAGGUCGUUUGAGCCAAUUCUUCGCCUCCUUCCCCAGGGCAUCUCCCCUGUCAGCCAGCACUGGGCCACGUGGGCCCUGUACAACCUCGUGUCUGUCUACCCGGACAAGUACUGCCCCCUGCUGAUCAAAGAAGGUGGGAUGCCCCUUCUGAGGGACAUGAUCAAGAUGGCGACCGCACGGCAGGAGACCAAGGAGAUGGCCCGAAAGGUGAUUGAGCACUGCAGUAACUUUAAAGAGGAGAACAUGGACACGUCUAGAUAGAGGCUUCCGCCCCUACGGCCAUCACUGCUCUGGACCACGAGGCCAGCAGGAAGCACUCAAGCAGCCCAGAUGGCAGACUUCCACCCGGGAGCCUCCCACUGGAUGAAGGGACACAGGGGACUUUUGCACAACCGACGCUUUUCCUUAACAUUAGUGAGAUAUAUAUAUUAUAUAUAUAUAUAUUAUUUUUUUUUUGGUUAGGAAGUGUGAAGUUUUGUGUGUAUGAUUUCUGUACAAAAACAAAAGAAACACUCCCUGAGUCCUUGCCGCUUCCUUGGCCAUUCUCAAGCCCCAACUCAAAGCCUUCAUCGCUGCCACACUCACUCCUCCCCCCGCCAGACUAAAUGCCUCUAACAUUGUGAGUGUCCAGUCCUUUCCCAGUAACCUCAGACCCUGGCCUUGCCUCCUAUUAGGAGAGGCAGCAGGCUUUUAACAGCCCACUUCAGCACCCUAACCCACCCGCCAAAGCCUGAGAACCUCAUCUGGGGUCCUGGGGGCAGCUGAUGGGGUUUAGUGGGGAUUAAAACUAACCCCAGUGGGUUUCCCAAAUGCCUUGGUGCUCCCGGCUGUGGGCCAUCUGGGGCAAGGAAGGGAGCCGUGCCUAGGCCCAGGCCCAGGCAGCCGCAGCCCCAGAGGACCCUUGAGAAGCGGGGCUCACGGUGGCCCUACUGCUCUCUGGCCAGGCCUGCCUGAGGCCACGCUGCUAUGGAGGCUGCCUCCUAGUCUCCCACCAGGUCCCAGGCUGUUGAAGGCCCCAGCCCAGGGCUGGUCAGAACUCGGGCAGAUUCCACUGCCCCUUCUGCCAAACGUACCCAGAACCGGCCCCUGGCUCCGGAAGCCAGCACCUUCUGGGGCCAGGGACUUCCUCCCUUAUUCCCCAGCCCUUCAUCUGCCCACAGACCCAAGGUGCCCAGGCACCCCACCAGCAGAACUGAGCCUGCCUCAUUCGCCCUGCCUGCCCCACUGCCCAGAGGACCCCACAUCUCUCAUAGGCAGGAGUUCCCCAUGCCAGCCUUUCCCGCAGCAGGCAGCAGGCAGAUACCCCCAGACCACAUGGCACAGCCUGCAGUGGAGACCCUCCUGCCCUGCCCCCCGGCUUUACCUUGGAAACCUCUGGGCUGUGUUUCAGAGAAGCGUGAGCCCCGAAUGUAUCUCAGAAUCUCUUGUCCUCCCUCAUCGGAACGCCGAACUGCUUCUGGUAGACAGACAGGAGUGAGGAGGCCCCUCCAGAACUAGGGGCCAGGGCGCGCGGUGACUCCGCAGGCAGCCCCUGGGGCAUGCUUUUCUUCCCUCCUCCUUCCCUGGGCCUGUUUUGGGGUUCUCCUAGCACUUCUGCCUCCAGGUGGAACACGCUAGAGGAGCAGCCCAGGGGAGAGGCACCUGGCCUUUUUCUCCUGGAGUCUUUCUCUCCCAGCCCUGGGCAGGGGCAGCUGCCCAGCUUUUCCCCCAGCUUGACAGACAGGCCACAGCUGCCCCUCCCUUCCAUGCUCAUGUGGCCUGAGCCAGACCCCAGGCAGAGCUCACAACUCAUUGCUUUACCACCUGGGGCCUGGAUGAAUGUCUGUACUUUGGGAUGUCAAAGAAAUACAUUUUUGUGCAAAGUGGA